GCUGGACUUGUUGCGCUUUUAUUCACUUUGUACCAAACUCGCAGUAUAGCUAAGAGCUCACACAUUUCUUCAUGUAACAGUAUAUAAAGAGCCACCUUUUUGUCUUUGGUGUUAAUAUAGCGGAGGUUAAGGUGUUAUUGGAUUAGUAAAAAUGGGUUAUUAGUGCGGAUUACACAUUAGAUUUGAGAUUUUUAGACUUUGUAUUGCUCUGAACACUAUGGAUUACUGAGAAAGGCCACUCACCGAAAGCGACGUUUGGCUUUCAUAUCUGCUGGGACUUUUUGGAUAUUCGUUUGUAAAAUGGGGAGUAAGACUCUACCGGCCCCCAUCCCACUGCAUCCGUCCCUCCACCUUUCCAACUACUCUUUCUUGCAGGCAGCAAUAAGACCAGCUUUGCCUCAAACUCCCGACCAUCUUCACGGCCUCUACGGCCUCAGGACGGUGCAGACAAUGCAAAUGAACCACUGGACUUUGGGCUACACUCACAUGCAGGGACUCCGAUCAACCAUCACCGAAAUGUCAGCUGCUCAGGGCCUCACGGAUCUUCGAUUCUCGCUUCCUGUGUUACCUUUCACUGCACAGUUCUUCCAUCCUAAACAAGGAAUGAUAACACACGUAAUUCCAGCCCUACACAAAGACAGACCCCGGUUUGACUUCGCUAAUCUUGCCAUUGCGGCUACACAAGAGGACGAAUCUAGAUCCGAUAACAUGAAGCUCACCAGCCAGAAAUCCGAAUUAAACAAACUGUCACCAAAUAGAAAACCCCAACGAGGGAGGCUUCCGUCAAAGACCAAAAAGGAGUUCAUUUGCAGAUUUUGCGGAAGAAACUUUACAAAGUCCUACAAUCUACUUAUCCAUGAACGCACGCACACGGACGAGAGGCCUUACACCUGCGACAUCUGCCAGAAGGCUUUCAGAAGACAGGACCACCUCCGUGAUCACCGAUAUAUCCACUCCAAGGAGAAACCUUUCAAAUGUCAAGAGUGUGGAAAGGGAUUUUGUCAAUCACGGACUUUGGCAGUUCAUAAAACAUUACAUAUGCAGGAGUCUCCUCACAAAUGCCCCACAUGCGGAAGAACCUUUAAUCAAAGAAGUAAUCUGAAAACUCACCUUCUCACCCAUACAGACAUCAAGCCCUAUUCCUGUGAGCGCUGCGGAAAGGUGUUUCGGCGCAACUGUGACCUGCGACGCCAUAGUUUGACCCACACGCUUCACUGGGACUAACAGCUCAAAAGCACACAAAUCCCGGGGCACAUAACGGAAUAUACCACCAGAUAUUUGUGGACAAUUUUCUUUUUUUUUUUUUGCAGAGCACGAGACUCAGAGAAAUUAUUAUUUUCUGUCAUGCAGAAUUUACUACCAAAACGGCUACUGAAGGUGAAUGAUUAUAUAAACCUUGUUUUUAAUGUGGAUGUUUGUUAACAGGAGUGAUAGAAAUACAAUUAGAAGAGAAGCUGGUGAUCGAUUUCAUUGCAAAAGGAUUAUUAAACUAUUUCACGUCUUUUUUGGGUUUAUUUUUGUUGGUGAAAUAUUGGAAGAGGAUUAUGCAUGCUUACAUAUGCUUACAGAUAAAAUCAGUGCAAUGGAAGUAACCCGUUGUUCUAAACAGUUAUGCAUUAAUAAACAAACCAAAAAUGAAUGCAUUACUUGUACAGGAGUUAAAAGCACCGCAUUGAAUUUUAAAGCAUAACACUUUAACUUUUGGUGAUGCCAUUUUAUUUUAUUUUAUUUUAUUUUAACCCUCGUCCUCACGUGGUGAAAUCAGUGUGUGAACAGUCCAAUCCAAAUCAGCGCCUCAAUACAAAACCUCCAUAUGCAUGUACAGUGCACGUGCUUUGUAAUUAAAAACGCCGUUAUGACAAAAUCUCGAAGUUUUGUUAUAGAAUACAAAUGGUUUCUAUUAAAGUUGUUUCUAGAAA